UCGAGCAAGAGUAAUAUCAUGGCGGGAAAAUUAGCGCCAUCGUUGUGGUGGGAAACCCUCAGAACAACCAACAAACUGUGAAAAGCUGAUCAAUCGACGCUUUCUUCGUCUUUUUUUUUUGAUUGAUUCCGUUCGUCAGGGAUUACUGUGCGAUUUCUUCGUCGUCCCUAGUCGAAAGCGAACACGAGAAGAAAAGAUGGCGAACAUGGAAACCCUAGGCAUUCUGGAAGAGAUCCAAACUCUCGUCUCCGAUAAACUCCAAGUGGUUUCCUACAAGUGGCUAAGUCGCAACUAUUUGGUGUCAUCAAAUGCUGCAAAGAGGUUGCUUCAAGAGUUUGUUGAGAAAAACGGAAAUGGAUUUGAAGUAGUAUAUACCUUGGCGGGCUGGCUGAAGAGCACUCCUCCAAGUUACCAUAUAAGGCUUGUUUCGGGGACAAAACUUGAAGAAGCCAAACAUGAUUUUGAUGGCACCUGCUCAAUUCUGGUGUACAGUGUGCAAGCUUGCAUCCCAAAGGAUCCAGCAGCACUUUGGAAUGCUGAGUUUGUACAGGCAGAGGAACUUUUCAAACAACCUGUUAGUGUUGACAAUUGUUUGCGAGAUAAUAGGUUCUGUGGGGUUAUCAAUUCUUGUGUCAAGCGCAAUGUUGAGGGAGCUGCUAGAAGCAUAACAGCUACACAGGCCAAAAGUAUAGGAGUUUCGGGAAAAAGUUCUGUGCCACAGAAUGUUACAGUUCCGCCACCUCAACAAACCAAUCUUAAGCAAUCAGUCCCAAAAGGCAGUCUGAAGUCUCCAAAUGAGGUUGAAGCUGUCAAAACUGAAAGCAAUGGUGCUGAACUUUGUGAUCGGGCUACAAAGCCUCCUGCUAACAAAGAUCCUUUUCCUGCUAAUAAAAAUAAGGUCAAGAACGAUAAGACUGCCUCUGGAACUGGAGGAGCAAUAGCAAACAUGUGGGGACGUGCAUCUGCAAAGCCAAAGCCCACUUCUCCACCAGCAAACAAAAAUGAUCUUCCUAAUCCGACUGAUGCUCAAAUUUCUGCUCAUGAUGAAUUAGAAGAUGGAAGCAGCGAUGAUGAUGCUCAAGAUGUCAACAUGAAACGAGUUUCGAAUGUUGAGGGCACUAGAAAAAGGAGGGUAGUUCUUGAUUACUCAGAUGAGGAGGAGUUUCAAGAUGUGGUCAACAUAGCAUCUCCUGAUUAUCCAAAAGGGAAAUCAUGUCUAGAAUUGAAACAAACUACUACAGCUUCAGUUUCAGGAACAUCCAAUCUGAAUCUCGAUAAGAAAAAGGAAGAAACAAAGGUCAAGGAAGAGAAAUCCACUAACAAUAUGUCUAACCAGUUGUCAGGAGAAGAUUCAUCGCCUGUCAGAAAAAGUAUGAACAUGAAAACUUCCCCAACAGAUAAGAUCGAAAGUUGUGUUGCUGUAAAUCAUGUGAAGAAGGAUUCUGCACCAAAGUCACCUAAAAGAAGAAAAGUGUUGAAGACACGGAUUGAUGAUCGUGGAAGAGAAGUAACUGAGGUAGUCUGGGAGGGGGAGAAGACAGAUAAAGAGAAGGUUGACAAUAAUGCAACCAAAAAAGUCGACAAUAGUACAGCCACAAAUGCUAUUAACAGGCAACCUGCUGUCAAGAAGGGUCCAGCAGCCGGGCACACAGCUCAAUCUAAUGCCACAGUAAAAACAGGGAGUAAAAAGAUGGGAAAUGCUAAGGAUCCUAAACAAGGGAACAUCCUUUCAUUCUUCAAGAAGGUUUGAGGUGCAUUCGAGUGACUUGUGUUUCUUUUUCUUUUUGCUUUUAUUUUUUUGGGGGUUCACCUAGGAAGUGGUAUAGAGCACCUUGUACAUAUCAAAUAUCCACAGUACUUGGAAAUUAAUAUUAUCAUAUGUCACGAGUCUGCUGUGUGUCCACAACUGUCCUUCCUAGGUAGGUUGGCUGGUUGGAGAUUAGCUGAAGUAGAAAUGUAGACUGCUUCACACAGUCAAAACCUUAGUAAAUUGCACCAGUUUUUCUGCAUCUCAUUUGGCUUAUAUUUAAACACUUUAAUGUCAUUAAAAUACUUGUUCC